AUGGACGAAAUUGCCAUAAUAGGCGUCGGAUGCCGGUUUCCCGGGGCAGACAAUCUUAAAGAGUUUUGGAGAGUACUUUACAUGGGUGAAAAUCACGUAAAGGAGAUACCACGUGAAAGAUGGAAUAAUGAUGCGUUUUAUGAUCCAGAUCCGAGUGUCUCCGGUAAAACUUACGUUCGACAGGCGGGUUUUGUCAGCGAUAUCAACAAAUGGGAUAGCAAAUUUUAUGGAAUUAAUGACAUAGAGGCAGAAGUUGUUGACCCCCAACAGAGACUGGUUUUAGACUGUGUGCAUAUGGCGUUAGAAGAUGGUGGUAUCCUAAAAAAGGACAUUGAUGGCGAAACUAUUGGAGUUUACAUAGGCUGCAUGACGGACGAUUAUAAAUUUCAAGCAGCAGAAGACAAUGCAAUUAGUAACACCUACACUGUUACAGGUACACACAACAGCAUUAUAAGUGCUAGAGUAUCGUAUGCAUACAACCUCACAGGUCCUGCCGUUACUCUUGAUACAGCAUGCUCGUCUUCUCUUGUUGCUAUAGACAUUGCAUCGCAAGCUUUACAAACAGGUAAGUGCAGUGCAGCCAUAUGUGGAGGUGUCAAUGUUCUACUGGAUCCUCAUAUGUUCAUCAUCCUAUCCAAAGCUAGAAUGCUGUCUCCGAGUGGUCAAUGUAAAGCUUUUAAUGCAGAAGCUGGGUAUGCAAGAGGGGAAGGGUGUGGAAUUGUCAUCACAAAGACAUUGAAUAAUUUAAAUUAA